AUGGUGGUUCAGGACCAACUACGGAGCACCCUAGAAGUGGAUUCUCUUGACCCCAAAUCAGUCAGGAUUCAGGCUGAGCGUGGGACAGGGAUGGCAUUGAUCACUCCGGUCAAUUGCCUGUGCCAGGACCUCAACAGGAGCAGUGCACCUGUCCUGGUCCUUUUAGACCUUUCAGUGGUCUUCAGUACCAUUGACCAUGCUAUCCUUCUGGCCUGGCUGCAAGGAUUGGGGGCUGGAGGCUGUGUUUUGCAGUUGUUUCAGUUGGUGGUAGUCAGGGGGAAGAGGAACUGGCACUGUGGUCACUUCCUCGUGGGUCGGUUCUCCCACAAGAAUCACCACAAAGCGCCUCCUCUCCGGAAAGGCCCCGUCCCGGAGCUCUCCCAGCCCUCCUUCCUCCUGCAGGUGGCCAACGAUGAGAUGUGCGAGGUGUGCGAGGUGUGGACAGCCGAGAGCCUCCUCCCCUGCCGGGUGUGCACCAGGGUCUACCACGACGGCUGCCUGCGGCGCAUGGGUCUGCUCUCCAAGGACGGGGCCGCCGAGGCCAUUGAGGCAGCCCACUCCACGGUUGGCUGGAGCUGCUACCACUGCGAUAACCUCAACUCGCUGCUCACCGAGGAGGAGAUGGGCUCCCUGUCCCAAGCUUUCCGCCAGGGCAACAUCACGCCUGAGAGCAGCCUAACCCUGGAAGACUUCCUGCGCUACAAGGGCCUGGCUGAGCAGCCCAGCAGCAAGGAGGAGGACGCCCACCACGCCCUGCAGUUUGCCGCCCUGGACCCCCAGCAGAAAGGCCUCGUCGACUGGGGAGAUUUCCUCUCCCACGAGUCCCUCCUGCUCUUGCAGAGAACCCGCACGCAGGACGGGCUGCUGCACCUGCUGACGGGCAAGGAGAGGGAGCGAGUGCGGGAGGCCUUCCUGGCGCUGGACCGGCACGGGGAUGGGCUCAUCAGCCAGGUCGAGAGCCGGCGCUCCCAGCACGCUUGGUUCCGGAAACGGCAGCAGGAGGCGCCCUCCCUUUGGGCCAGCAUCAGCCAGGCGAACCCCACCUCAGAAAACAGCAGCGACAGCCAAAGGCAGGAGGGCGAACAGCUGCUCAGACAACAGCAGGGUGAACCAAGAACCGUCACCUGGCCAGCCUUUCUGAGGGAAAGCACGGUCUACAUCCUUGCUGCCCGGCCCAACAGCGCCGCCAUCCAUCUCAAGCCACGGAUGUAAGGCUCUUUGGCCAGGGGGCAGAAGAAGGCGAAACACCGUGCCUCGCCUCGUUCGGUGGGACAAAGGAAGGAGCUGCCCUGCCAUCGUGAUGUAUACUGGCUACCCCAAAGUGCCGGAGACCCACUGGGAGCUGUAUCCCGCGCCAGGGCAUUCGGAGGAGUGCAGAUGCAGUGCUCCCUUUGCCCACCGGGCUCUGGCAUCCUCCAGUCUCUCUCUCCCUCCAUGAUCCAGGCAGGUUCCCCUGAGCGGGCGACUGGAAGGCGGGCUGAAAGGGAGCGUUACCCUUUUUCAUCAGUGACUUCAGCAUCCUUUCCGGUGAGCCAAAUGGCAAAGCGGCGUCCAGGUUUCUUCCCUUUCCCGUUUGGUUCUGCUCUUCGUUUGGAUUUCUUCUGAUCUGCUCAGAGGAGUCUGAGUUCAAAUAUUCCAACAGCAUUCUAGCUUCCGCUUAGAGAAAACAAAAUUCAGGCAUCCGUCAGCCCUCUCCUCUUCACAGCAAGGCCCAGCCCGGGCGUUACGAUAGCCGCCUUAUUUCUGACUGACCGAGAUGGAGGGAGCUCAGCAGCUUUCUGGUCUUGAAUGGCCAAGAGAGAGACACAUGGCGGCCCACUUCUGUUUCUGGCUGGCCAAAGAGACCAGGCCUGUUGCAUUUGGGACUGUUUUGGGCUGCAGUGGAAGCCAUCGCCUUCGUUCUACGGAUUCUGGUGGGCUGACCGAGGGCCAGGUUCAUGCAGGCGGCCUCUUCCCUCCACGCACGGGCUCGUUAUUGGUCUUCGCAAAUAGAAGCUACCAGGGAGACGGGCUGAAGACUUCCUUUGCCACGGUCAUCAUAAGGAAAGCGGGACACGGUGGUUUCCAGGUUUUGAGACCUAUUUGCUGGCACAGUCGUGCCCCCAAAGAGAAGCCACCUUUGCAACCAUGGAAGGUGCCAAGCCUGUCCCCUGGGAUGAUCUGCCAGGACCACCUCCACAGGUUGCAUUUCCCUUCUCUCCUUCCCUCAGCUGUCCAGAGGAGCUGAGCCCAGCAGGAGGAGGCCGGAGGGCUCCGCUUUCUCCUGCUGCUCAGUAGGAACCGCUUUUCGGAGACCGCUUGUCCCAGAACUGAGUGCAAAAGCUACUCUCCUGCUGCCCAAGAAGAUGUCUCCCUCCAGGGAAGCAGAGUUGCCAGCCCACAAAGCCCCCCUGCCCUUGCCUGUCUGCACCCGGGAAUCGGAGGCAUCCUGACUCUGGAACAAGCCCGUUACUUACCGUUAGUCACCCUGUCCUCUCCUCCGGCCUCCUGGAGGAUCUGAAGAG